AAGUCACUCGUCUAACGACAGAAAAAUGGAAAUGAUGAGCAGGAGACGCGACCGUCUGUGAAAUGCUUGACUUCUCUGCGCCCACCCUAGCUGGUGCGUCGAAUCUUCGAAAAAUUUGUAAUUUGUAACUAAGUACUUAGGAAGAAAAACAUUUUCAGUUUAUUAUACGUAAUCAUGUUGGAUGGUUUUCGCGAGUGGGUACUCCGUGGAUGUUGCCAGGGCACGGCGAUUGGCAGUGGCGCUUGCGAGGUCAGGCCACCGCGUGGGAGCAACCGAUAUGGAGAAGACGAAUUUGUUUUGCCAACGCGGUUGGUUAUGGUGAGGAAUGUAGUCGAUAUUCUGCUAGAAGAGCACUAGUCGUGUUUGUUCACAAGCGUAAUCAUCAGCGAGGAUUCAACAGGUCUCUAAUUCAUCAAUCGACGACGUCGUAAUCAUCAGCGAGGAUUCAACGAGUCUCUAAUUCAUCAAUCGACGACGUGGUAAUCGCACCUGUGCCGCCCAUAUACUACACAGAGCCAAAUCGCGGCCUCGGUGGAGCCCAUCUGCUAUCCUCAUCAACGAGUGGAUCCUCGUGCGACGAAAAGGGAAGAACCCCUCCUCCACAGGUCACCACGCCAAAUUUGUUGACGCAGUAUGACCAAACUCUUCAGCACAGAUCAGAUUCAGGAGUCGCAGUCGGCUACAAUGCAUCUUCUUCGAAUAAUCUGACCUGCUUGAGUCCUCCAACUAGAAUCAUAGUCCAACCAGCAAAAAAGCAUGUAGAUCCGGGAUCUACUUCUAUGAGAGACAGCGGGAGUACGAGUAGUUUACUUGGUUUUCCUCGGUCUUUGGGGCAACACUUUCAUGUAACCGGGAUACCACUGUUACGCGGAGUUGGCAUGUUCUCCAAUGUACAGAGGGCACCUCUAACUGGUGGAGAGGGUACCUCUGUGGCGAGUGCAGCAGCUGCACCUCCAACUGGUGGAGUAGCAGAUAGUACUGGCGCACCACCUGCAGAGUUGCCUAAAACAUUGGUCAACACGACAAACGGGUCGAGUAACUUGGCGAGCAAUAACACGAGGACAGGAGGGAUAACUAUAUCUUCAAGUCGUGGCACGCACGACCAGCAAGAUGGAAGUGGAACUACCCAGACUUCAACUACAAUUGGAAGCAACUACAAGCCUUCAGCAAGACGAUCGCAAGUAGGAAGUUCUUCUAGUCCGAAUCCUCGUGAUCUCAUUAGCGUGAAUUACAAUCAAGAUGGUCCAAUUGUUAAGGCUACCGUUGAAGCAUCCGCAGCGCCAUCCUUGGCCUCCUUUUCAAGGCGAAAAGGGGUUCAAGGAUGAGCUCAGGGAUGCGACGCGGUAGCUCUAAAAUUGGAAGUGCAGAUGACAUCUAUCGCCGCCUAACUCGCACGCCUCCUAUGCCUGGUGCUUAUCGGCCAGAACCCGAAGUAGCAACUAGUGCCAUGUCGAUUUUUCAAGGUGGGUCGCAGCUCUACACGACCUACGGAGGUAGUUCUGGUUCUUCUUCUACUACGAUGACGCAAGGACAUCAAGGAGGAGGAUUGCCAUCGAUGAACACAUCAAACGUGAUCACUAAUUACACGCACAGCACCACAACGCCGAGUAGUACCAUCAUGGCAACAUCUUCCUCCUCCAGCACAAAUCCGAAUCUGACGCGAACGGCUGCUCAGUUUGGAGGUACGAAACAAUCCAUCACGACAACUUCUGCGACAUCUUCAGCACUAGCGCCAGUACCGAAUCCACAGAAGAACGAUCCGAUUAACGUCGUACGAGACCCGAAAUUACUGACGCCGAGGCAGCAGACAGUCCUAGAAGAAAUUACCUUGCCCUUCAUGGAGCAGUAUCCUGACUGCCCAGUUGAAGAGACAAGCUUCUCCUCGAAGAUGAUAGGAGGUGCUAGUAGUGCGUCAGCGAACGAUAGCGGAACUGAGAGUGAAAAGAACUACCGAGCUUUGUCGGACGUCUUCCGCGGGUUCGUUUUCGACCUCUACAACGGCACCUACCUCACGCAACUCACGUCAGUGUCGGAAAAACAACUGGUCUUAUGGAGAGAAUUUCAUUUUCAUGUUUUGAUAUUGAUCGUUGCAUUGAUGCCAGGAUCAUGAUAAUGAAGAUUUUUGUAGAAGUAUUUGAUGAUUAUAUUACUUCUAUUAGUUUUUACCUCUGUCACGUUCACGUAGAUGUAUCCCUUCAAGCAAUAUAUUACUGGUUAACCAGGUUGCUCUUUCUUAGUUUUCACUUGCUUGUACCAGUUGAUUUGAUGAUAUUACAGUAAUAUGUUGAUCUUGAUGUACUCCUAGAAACUCUCUAAUCCUUCACGCCCAACUUCUAGACGGGCAUCGGAUCCUCGCUCUCUCGCAAGGCAGUGGCCGGAUAGUAGAGUUUCCGCUUUUGUCGCUCUCAAGGAUCUACCGCAUAUCAUCCGCCAACGCAACGAGGAUGCUGCAGGACACGGGAGGGGGUACAACUUCUAAAAGUAGACGUUUUCUUUCGGAAUAAACAUAAAGCGCUUCUUCAAAAAGGUACCUAGCUCUUCAAUCUUCAUCAUUGGGAGUUAAAAAUUUCCUUGUGCGUUGCUGCUCAUGCUCGUCUUCAUCAGUCUUCAUAUCUCAGACUUCUAAACCGACAUCGAAUUUUCUUUCCCAAACAUGAUCACGGGUUUUUGGAAACAACUCUUGAUGCAUACAUUUCCCAAACUCAACAUACAUCUAAUCGUCCAGUUGGCGUCCCCGGCCACAUCGUGAUUCUCGAGUUCUCAGAACGCAAGUUGGCUUUUCUGUUUGGAGAUGCUGCGAGUUCCCAGCGAUUUCUUAUCUGCUUCGAGCUUCUGGUCCGUCGUACGCAGCAAGUCGCAAAGGACGACUACUAAGUACUUCGCUGUGUGAGGAGGGACACGGUUGCCCCUGGCUGAUUGUGUUGAGGUCAUCCAGUCAGGACAGAGGCGUGAUGAAGGAAAUUUCAUGUUGUAGUAGUUGCUGAAGGAUUUCACAAAAGGAUCUUUCAAAGAACUUAAGUACUUUCGCGGUCAGAAGAUUUGAUUUCGUACAUUACAACAUAUACGAUCUACUAGAACAGCAAAACGACCAAGUACAUGGACAACAAUCGUUGUUCAUACACCCGAACAUGACGGGCACGCAGAGGAAAUAUUGCUCCACCAAGAAUCCACAACGUAAAGGCGAAACAUCUGCCCGCUGUUCGUUGAAGCACAAAGAGAUGUCCUUUUCGAAGCCGCCCCAGCACUCUUUUUUUGGACUUAUUUGCGUUUUGUCUUAUAGUAGGCUUGUAUGAACAGAGGUCUGGUACACUUGCUAUGCUGUGGAAUGUCGAUCCUUGAUCCUAUGAUUUAUGCAAGAAUGUCAACCGAAAAUGAGUCAGAACUCAGGUUUGCCUCUAUGUCCUCGGCUUCUUCUACUACGCCCUUGACUCCAUCCAGCACGACAACAUCGGCAAUCCGUUCUGCGAAAGUCGCUUUGCUAGUUAUGUAUGAGUGUUCUCAGGGAAGUCGUAGGUCCAAUCCGAAUCGACUAACGUCAUCAUGUAUUAGUGUUCUCAUCAUGAGAUAUGAUCCUGAAAGGCAGCACUGAGUACUAGUGUUCAGGCACUGAAUACUAGUGCACCAUAUUCCAAGGGGUUGAAGCCAUAAGAGGAACCAAGAAGAUGCAUUUCUUCUAAUUAAGCAUCCUCCACCAAAAAAGAUGCAUUUCAAUUUCUUCUAAUUACGCACGCCACAUAUAAUUAAGCAUUCAAAACCUCCACCUUCUAACUCUAAGGUACAACAAAAAGAACCUGUCCAUCGUGAAAAC